GUCACUGGUGACGCCAUCACGCAGGGUCGAGGCGGCGCCGCCACGUCCUUUAAAUAAGGCCUUCCCAGGGAGUGCGCGGGCGAGAGAGGAGUCGGGUGGAGGAUGAGUUUCUGUUCCGGGGGGUCGCGGUCUGAGCCAGAGCCGCCGCUGACCACGAGUUGAGUGCAAAUUCUGGAGAAAUCCUCUUCUUUUAAGAGCCUGCACAGCCAGGCAGCAGAAUUGUGAACUAGAGUGAAGGAGAAAUCUAGGAAUAUGAACUCCAUGAUGGCCAUGGGUGAACCAAGGUUGAACUGGGAUGUUUCACCAAAAAAUGGUCUUAAGACAUUUUUUUCUCGAGAAAAUUAUAAAGAUCAUUCCAUGGCUCCAAGUUUAAAAGAACUAUGUAUUUUAUCUAGCAGACGUAUAGGAGAAAAUUUGAAUGCCUCAGCAGGUUCUGUAGGAAAUGAGCCGACAGUUAAUUCAGCAGCUCAAGCAAAGGAAAAAGUUAAAACCACAGUUGGAAUGGUUCUUCUUCCAAAACCAAGAGUUCCUUAUCCUCGUUUCUCUCGUUUCUCCCAGAGAGAACAGAGAAAUUAUGUGGAUUUAUUGGUUAAAUAUGCAAAAGUCCCUGCAAAUUCCAAAACUGUUGGAAUAAAUAAAAAUGACUACUUGCAGUACUUGGAUAUGAAAAAACACGUGAAUGAAGAAGUUACAGAAUUCCUAAAAUUUUUGCAGAAUUCUGCAAAGAAAUGUGCCCAGGACUAUAAUAUGCUUUCUGACGAUGCUCAUCUCUUCACAGAGCAAAUUUUAAAAGCUUGUAUUGAACAAGUGAAAAACUAUCCAGAGUUCUAUACUCUCCAUGAAGUCACCAGCUUAAUGGGAUUCUUCCCAUUCAGAAUAGAGAUGGGAUUCAAGUUAGAAAAAACUCUUCUCGCAUUGGGAAGUGUAAAAUAUGUGAAAACAGUAUUUCCCUCAAUGCCUGCAAAGUUGCAGCUGUCAAAAGAUACCAUACCAGCCGUUGAAACACCAGAACAAAUAGCUGCAGCUAUGCAUUAUGACAUUAGUAAAGACCCAAAUGCAGAGAAGCUUGUUGCAAGAUACCACCCUCAGAUAGCUUUAACUAGUCAAUCAUUAUUUACCUUAUUAAAUAAUCAUGGACCAAGCUACAAGGAACAGUGGGAAAUUCCAGUGUGUAUUCAAGUAAUACCUAUUGCAGGUUCAAAACCAGUUAAAGUAAUUUAUAUUAAUUCACCACUUCCCCAAAAGAAAAUGACAAUGAGAGAGAGAAAUCAAAUCUUCCAUGAAGUUCCCUUAAAAUUCAUGAUGUCCAAAAAUACAUCUGUUCCAGUGUCUGCAGUAUUUAUGGACAAGCCAGAAGAAUAUAUAUCUGAAAUGGAUAUAUCUUAUGAAGUUAACGAGUGCCGAAAAAUUGAGACCCGAGAAAAUUUGGAUCUGGAGUUUGAUGAUGAUGUCACAGAACUUGAAACUUUUGGAGCAACCACCACCAAACCAUCAAAGUCACCAAGUCCAACAAGUACCUCCACAGUACCCACCAUGACAGAUACGCUCACAGCCCCCAGCAUAGCAGACACAUCUGAGGCACCAACUUCACCAGACAUUUCUGCUCAUUCUAGAAGUUUAUCUCAGAUUCUGAUGGAACAGUUGCAGAAGGAGAAACAGCUGGUGACUGGUAUGAUAGACAGUGGCCCUGAAGAGUCCAAAAAUAAAGAUGAUCAGAGAGUUAUACCAUGUGGUGAGAAGGUAUCAAAUUCUGACAAGUCUUCGGUGCAAGAUAGUGACUUGAAAACAUCUGAUCCCUUACAAUUAGAAAGUUCUAUGGAAAUUGAAACCUCUAAUAAAAAUGAUAUGGCCACUGAAAUGGAGAGUGUUGAUGAAAGAGUAAAUGUUCUAGAGAACACAGACAAUAAUUCAAAGGAAAAGACUGUUACAUCAGAAGCAGCUAAUGCUGAAGAUGUAGUUCUUGACAGUAGUGAUACAGAUGAAGACUGUUUAAUCAUUGAUAUGGAGUGUCAAAAUAAUAGUAAUGGAAAGACAGCUGAAGUGGGUUCUAAUUUAAGUUCUAAACCAGCUAGUCUAAAUUCUUCCUCAGGACAGACUUCUGCAGGAAACCAAACCAAGAGUACUUGUAGUCCUGAAGAGUCAUGUGUUUUAAAAAAACCUAUCAAACGAGUAUAUAAAAAAUUUGAUCCAGUUGGAGAAAUUUUAAAAAUGCAGGAUGAACUCUUAAAACCAAUUUCCAGAAAAAUACCUGAAUUGCCCUUAAUGAAUUCAGAAAAUUCUAAACAGCCUCCUCUUUCUGAGCAACCCUCUGCUCCGUCAGAUGCCUCUAGCUGGUCGAAGUCUAUCUGGCCUUCUGCCUUUCAGAAGCCAAAAGGACGAUUGCCAUAUGAACUUCAGGACUAUGUUGAAGAUACAUCAGAAUAUAUAGCUCCUCAGGAAGGAAAUUUUGUUUAUAAGCUGUUUAGCCUGCAAGACCUGUUGUUACUUGUGCGAUGCAGCGUCCAGAGGAUAGAGACCAGACCACGUUCUAAGAAACGGAAGAAAAUCAGAAGACAAUUUCCAGUUUAUGUACUACCAAAAGUGGAAUAUCAAGCUUGUUACGGAGUUGAAGCUCUGACUGAAAGUGAACUCUGUCGCUUAUGGACUGAAAGUUUAUUGCAUUCCAACUCCUCAUUUUAUGUUGGACAUAUUGAUGCAUUUACAUCAAAGCUUUUCCUGCUUGAAGAAAUUACCUCAGAAGAAUUGAAAGAAAAACUGUCAGCACUCAAGAUUUCAAGUUUAUUUAACAUCCUCCAACACAUUCUAAGAAAAUUAAGUAGCUUGCAGGAGGGUUCCUACUUGUUGUCUCACGCCGCAGAAGAUUCUUCACUCUUGAUCUACAAAACCUCUGAUGGAAAAGUUACCAGGACAGCGUACAACUUGCAUAAAACGCAUUGUGGCCUUCCUGGUGUGCCUUCCAGCCUCUCGGUCCCCUGGGUCCCUUUAGAUCCCAGCCUCUUAUUACCAUAUCAUAUCCAUCAUGGAAGAAUACCCUGCACUUUUCCACCUAAGUCACUGGGUCCCACAGCACAACAAAAGAUUGGUGGAACAAGAAUGCCUACCCGAAGCCACAGGAAUUCAGUUUCUGUGGAAACAAAAAGCCUGCCUGCUCAGCAAGUUGAAAAUGAAGGAGUGGCUUCAAGUAAAAGAAAAAUAACUUAAAGACUGUACCAUGGAAAACAAAGAAAAACCAGUUAUCACAACAUUUAGUUUAGAAAAAUUUGAGGGAAAAUAUGCCUGAAAAAUCUGUAGGCAACAGGAAUGUUUUUGUUUUACUGUCCUUGAGAGUUCUUAGAGUGCCUUAAAAAAACACUUUGACUAUUGUGAAGCAGUGUUCCAAUUCAAACGGGCUAAUAUGCCCUUAACACCUGAGGUUUGAGGAGACUAUAGAUAUGUUUUAGCAUUAUCGUGGCAGGGAAAUAUAGAGAGAAGAAAAUAUUUUUAUACUUGACCUUUAGCAAAAAAUAUUAAGUAGGAAAAUAAUUUGCUCUUUCAAGAGCAAUAUUUAUCAUUAUGUAUUAGAUUAAUCCUCGAGGAGGAAAUGGCAAUCCAUUCCAGUAUUCUUGCCUGGAGGAUCCCAUAGACAGGAGAACCUGGCAGGCUACAGUCCAUGGGGUCACAGAGAGUCGGACAUGACUUAGCAACUACACAUUAGGUUAAUAAUUUCAGUUGUAAUGCUGGUCUAUUGAGGUUUGCUCAAAAGGUUAAAUCUUGCUACUGUCAGAGAUAAUUUUGACUUACGUAAACCCUAUUUCUGACCCAUCUGACAGUUCUUCUAUACUGAUUUAAAAUGAUGAUUGUUGCAAGUUACAAAGUUAAUACCUUUAAAAACUUUGGGGAAAUUCCACUGCAGAAGCCAAAAAGGAAAAUAAAAAGCUCUCUGCCUAAGAAAAUUCACAGGGAAGUUAACAGUUUUUUGUUGGGCAAUCAUCAGUUUGUUUUAAACAAAAAAAGCUUGUGGUGUAACAGGAUCGGAGACUGCCUCUGUCCCUUGGCACAAAUCCUGGUUAGGUGUUGAAAUACACUACUAAAAACAAAGAGAUGAGUGUAUUUUCCAGAAAAAUCUCAUAUUUCAACUAGAAAGACUAACGUGUGAUAAAACAGAAGCUCUUUUUCCUCAUCUGUACUAAUUAAUUUAAAAUUUUCAGGAUCAUGAAGGUGAAUUUAGGAAAGGUUCAAUCAUUUAAUGUUAUCGUAACCAACUAUUUGUACUUAUGAAGGGAUGAACUCAUUUAAUUUUUGUAUUCCUGUUCUUUAAUGUGCACUAAAUAUGUGCAUCAUUUAUAAAAUACAAGCUUUAUAAAGGCAAAGUUUGUUUUUGGAAUUUUUUAUGCAUUUUAUAUUAAUAUAGGAAAUUAGCCCCAUCAACCUUCUCAACUGUUGUAAGUAGCAUUUAUUUUUUUUUUAAGUAGCAUUUAAAUACUCUUUUUACUACCAAGUUUUGUUUUGUGUUCUUUGGUUGGUUAUAUAAUAUUUUUAAUUUAUGACUAGUUAUUAAUGAAAUUGUCUUAUGUAUUUUAAUAUAGAGUUUCCUCAUCCUGCCAUUCCCUUUUUAAAAUAUUGAGCUUUGUUUCAAGUGGUUAUGUUUUUUUUUUUUUUUUAACUUUUGUCACAUACCCAUAUUUCCUGAAAUACUCCACUUGUGAUUCAUUUGGCAGUAAACCAUGGGAGAGGCAGGGAUUCCCUAGUAAUUUGCUCUUUUAGAAAAGCUAAGCAAUGAUUGCUUCAGACUUCUGAAUGCCAGAAAGACAUGGCUUUCAUUUUUUUAGUAUUAGUUUUUACUUAAUAAAAUGUGUGAUAAGAGAUUUUAAAAUUAUCUUAGCCAUUUAUUAGAGUAACUCUGAUAAUAUAUAUAAAGCUAGUUUUUGUUUUCCACUUGUGCUUAAUCAGCUUCUUUUUUCUAAUGUAUAUUUGAACUUGUCUUGUGUUCUUUUUAUUGAUUUUUAGUACUGAGAAUGUAUAAGCAAGAAAGUGACGUUGUCAGUAUGAGCAAAGAUGUUUUUAAAAAAACAAAAGCAGUCAGUGUUGGCAAGGAUAUGAUGAGCCUGCCCCACUUACAUCUCUGUGGUGAAGGUAUAAACAUUUCACUCAGUAAAUGUUUGAGUGUAUCUGUGUGCCACACAACCUAAAAUUGGUCCCCAUGUUUACUCUCAUAAAAUUCUUACUCAUAUAUCAGAA